CGAAUCACGAAUCGAAUAUAUUUUAUUUGAUUUGUAUGCACCCCUAGACCCGAGUAGUCCUGAAAAAAGAUUGAAGAGAGAGAGGGCGUCAGGCUAGGGUUUUUCGCGUGGAUUGAAAGUAAAAAAGAAUGGAGGUGGAGAGGCGAUGGGGUGAGGAAGAUCCGUUAGCCGGCGACAGUGGGUGUGGAGAAUGGAUUCAUAAACGCUCGACGCGUCGCCUCCGAUUGAGGUCGCAUGAGCGUUCAUCAGAUCCGAGGCUGAAGCUGUUGGACGAGAAUGCAUUCUUUCCAGGUGUAUCCAAGCCUCGGCAAUUCUGGCUCAAACAUUCAUUCCUUUAUGCCUGCUUCAAAGGGACAUCCGUCAACCUCGAUCCCCCACCUGCUAUAAUUGAGGAAGAGGAGAUCGGAUCUCGUUUUGAUGCCGAAUACCCCAUUUACAAGCCCCAAUCCCUCCUACAUGAGCCAAUUGCUGGGUUAGGCAAACAGGUAGAUGUUUUAGAGUUGCUAGGAGAUAACCUCUUGAGUUUCUACACCAGUAGCCAAAAUGUUCCUAGCAUUCAACCCACCGAAUCAGACACGGGUAUACCAUGUAAGGGUAGUCCUAAUGUUCAAAGGAAUCCACCCCCGGAGUUUACAACUUGUGUUAAUGUUGUUGAUAGGAGGGGCACUGUCAUGGCCUAUUCCCCAAGCACAACACCAGGGAAAGGGAAUGUUAACAUGGUAAGCACCCUAGACCUAAAAGGUAAAUACAUUAUGAUUUGUUGUGUGUUUGUGCCUUCGUUAUGGAGUUCAUGGGAUGGACACAUGGUUCAUCACACAGCUUUAGCUUCUCAUGAGCUUGCUGAAAGAGAAGAUUUUGUGACGGUGGUGGUGCCAAUGAUGAGGAAGGGUUUCACUCGUUCUUCCUCUGCCUAUGAACACUUCUUGUCGGGCUUUUCCUGUCUUGCUGUCCCUUUCCACGAAUCUCAACGGCGCGAGUACAUUUGCUCAGCACUUGGUUUUGAUGGUAUGCUUAAAGUUUUGAUUCUAGAUCCUUCUCAGAAGGUCAUUUACCAUGACCAGCCCAGCAUGUUUUUUCAGCAUGGAGCAGCUGAACCGGGUUUAUUUCCUUUUACUCCGGAGAGUGUACCUAAAUUUUCACUCCAUGAUUAUUUUCUGGAGAAUCGCUCCCUCAACCAGAUUUUGGGCCUCAGUGACAGUGAUGCUCUCUACAAUAUUGAAUAUCUAGCUGGUGGCACGGGGGAGGAGGAUGGCCGGAUCACUAUAUCGGAACUUAACAGAAGGUUUGUAGCACUUUACGUGUGCUGUGAUGGCGCAGGUUUAUGGAAGCUUCAGGAGGUUUACAAGGAAUGUAGGCGGCGAAAUUAUGAGCUCGAGAUCGUGGUGGUGUGCAUUCCCUUCCGUGACCAGUUUCCCCCAAAGUUUCAGGAGGAGUUUAUCAUUAAAACUCUUGCUGAAAGUUUUGAGUUGCUAGACUGGUGGUUUUUCCCCUUCAACAACACCAUAUCCCAUAGACUAUGGGGAAUGUGUGAACUUGACAGAUAUGGAGAGGGUGUUUUCGUAUUGGAUCCCAUUGAAAAGUAUGUGGAUCCUUAUGGAUUACAAAUGAUGUAUCACUUUGGCAUGGACGCAUAUCCCUUUACCAGGAAGAAAUAUAUUGACAAGGAACUUCAAAGGAAAAUGGGGAUGAGAUUGAACUCGUUAUUACUUCCUGUGGCAAAUGUUUGUUGCAAGAAGCGUGGUUCCGGCGGCUCCAUUGUUGAGAAACCCGUGGCGAAAGUGGUUGAGAACAAGAAUGUUGUUCUUUAUGUAUACGAAGAGGGUAUGAAAUAUCUAGCUGAUGACCUGGCAGCGUGGUAUGAUAAAAACAUCAAGGGAAAGCAUCCAAAUGUUGAGGUGCUUACCCUAAGCAUGGAUGGUAGCCGCACUAGUGAAGAUGACUUCCUUAGUAUGGGGUGGUGGGUUUGCCGUGCGGGCCCAUCCAAGUCAGCCAAAGUCAGGGAUGAAUACUGCCACCCUUGCUGUGUGACGAACGAGAUACUGGUUGCAUUUGGUGAAGAUGGCAAGAUUCAAUGUGUGGAUAGUCAACUAUUUGAAUGUCAAGGUCCUUUCCGUGGCGGGGAUUCACGCCAGGAGAUUGCUAGGGAAUUUAAAAGGUUCGGGUACGAUUACAUGCUCCGCUUUGACUCCACCAUUGAGCCCAAAAAAAGUGUACGGUUUUGAUGAGCUACUUAUAUUAAUGGACCCAAUUGUCACAACAACACAGUGUUUCGUCACAUUUGCCAAUCUUUUUUCCUUGUGCAUGUUUGCAAAUUGCAGUCAAAAAGGGGACGAUUGAUAUGAUUUAUACACCACAUUAUAAACAGAAACAAUUAUUCUGUUUAGGUGUGUUGCCAAGAUCAUGUAUAUGAUUUAUACACCGCAUUACAACAAGAGAUGGGCCUGAAGUCCUUUGGAGAAUUAGGAUUAUCAAGCUUGGGUGACGUUU